UGGUAAUGGGGCUUCACGCAGACGUUUGAGAUUCUAAGCAGAAGCAGCACAUAUCAAAGUGAACAUCCAGAAACACGAUGUUAUAGCAGAUAUAAGUUGCUGGAUGGCAUCAGAUUCAAGCUAAAAUGUUCCUCAGAUGAAUUACCACUGGACAUUAAGCCUUGAUGCAAGGGGAAAUGUAUCUCAAAAUAUCCCCUUGCCCUUGAAUUAGUGAAAAGCCAUUUCACUUUCUUAAGUACAUAUAUAUCUUUUGCAUUUUAAGUAUCUAUAACUUGGCUGAUCUAAUGAAACCAGUGUGUUCUCUGGAGGGUUUUCUCCAGGAGAACAUUGUCUAUUUAAAAAGCAAAGAUGGACGUGUUUCAUUCUGCAAUAUUCUAAAUCUGAGCUUAUCUUCGGAUCAUGACCAGUCUGAAAAGGUCCCAGACUGAGAGGUCUGUUGCUAGCGGGACUCUGUCGUCAGUGCCAGAUGGACCACAAAAGGCUCGUUCAGAUGAUUUUUAUAUGAGACGUUUCAGAUCACAGAAUGGUAGUUUAGGUUCUUCUGCCAUGUCUCCGGUUGGACCACCCCGCAGUGAAAGCUCCCACCACAUAUCUUCAACACCAGGUGUUCCUAAGAUGGGAGUUAGAGCACGAAUUGCAGACUGGCCUCCAAGAAAAGAGAAUGUUAAGGAGAUGAGCAGAGCUAGCCAAGAUAUGGAAACAAGCAGUUUAGACGCAGUGUCUGUUAAGAGCAGUCCUAGUAGUCAAGUGAGUACAUCUAGUAUGAACUCUAGUGAUUCUGCUAUGUUAAAAAGCAUUCAGAACACUCUGAAAAACAAAACAAGGCAGGCAGAAAGUCUAAAUUCUAGGUUUCUGUCCCCUGAAGGGUACUCCAGUUCCAGCUCCCCAAGAAAAGUUCAUCGCAGAAUAAGACAACGGAGUAACAGUGACAUCACCAUUAGUGAGUUUGAUAUGGACAAUUUUGAAGAGUGCAUGUCACCUACUUUUAAAACAGGGCCAUCGCUCCACAGAGAAUAUGGAAGCACAUCGUCAAUAGACAAGCAAGGAACAUCCAGUGAAAGUUUUUUUGAUAUUAUUAAAGGAUAUAGAAAUGAGAGAGCUGACCAUCGUGGACAUGGCCCAUGCAAAUUGAGUGAACUACUACUGAGCAGUGGAAAUAGAGGAUCUGGGUUCUCCCUGGACGUUAUUGAUGGGCAGAGAGAUGGGCACAGGGCUUUUAAAGACCGGGACAAGCCGCUGAAAAGACGAUCUAAGUCAGAAACUGGAGAUUCUUCCAUUUUUCGCAAGCUUAGAAAUGCAAGAGCUGAAGGUGAGCUUGGAAAGGCUUUAGACAUUGAGGACAGUCGUUCUGAAGAUAGCCUCAAGCCAUGGACGUGCCCUAAAUGUUUUGCUCAUUAUGAUGUUCAAAGUGUUUUGUUUGAUUUAAAUGAAGUUGUAAUAAACAGGCAUAAUGUCAUCAAACGGCGAAACACCACCACAGGGGCUUCCGCCGCUGCUGCAGCCUCUCUGGCUGCAGGACCAUUGUCUCAUUCCUCCAGUUUUAAUUCUCCAACUGGUAGCACAGAAGAUUUAAAUACAAAGGAGAACGCUAAUGUUGACCAAGGGGAUGACAAAAGCAACGACUUAGUAAUGAGCUGUCCCUAUUUCCGCAAUGAAACAGGAGGAGAAGGUGAAAAGAAGGUCAGCCUGACAAAGUCAAACUCUGGCUCAUUUUCUGGGUGUGAAAAUUCUUCUUUUGAAUCAACUAUGAGUUCACACUGUGCAAAUGCAGGACUGGCAGUCCUUGAGGUCCCGAAGGAAAAUCUGGUUCUACACAUUGACAGAGCUAAGAGAUACAUUGUAGAACACAUAGACCUUGGAGCAUACUAUUUUCGCAAGUAUUUCUAUCAAAAAGAGCACUGGAACUAUUUUGGCUCAGAUGAGAAUCUCGGUCCUGUAGCUGUAAGCAUUCGGAGAGAAAAACUGGAAGAUGCUAAAGAAACUGGUCCCCAGUAUAAUUAUCGAAUGAUUUUCAGAACUAGUGAGCUCAUGACGUUACGUGGCUCGGUGCUUGAAGAUGCUAUUCCAUCAACUGCCAAACAUGGUACAGCAAGAGGUUUGCCUCUUAAAGAAGUACUUGACCACAUUGUCCCUGAGCUGAAUGUGCAAUGUCUCCGGCUGGCCUUCAACACUCCAAAAGUUACAGAGCAACUCCUAAAACUUGAUGAACAAGGGCUAAGCUACCAGCUGAAGGUUGGCAUCAUGUACUGCAAAGCAGGUCAGAGUACAGAAGAAGAAAUGUACAACAAUGAGUCAGCAGGGCCAGCCUUCGAAGAAUUCCUUCAGCUCUUGGGAGAAAGGGUGCGACUUAAAGGGUUUGAAAAGUACAGAGCUCAGCUGGAUACCAAAACCGACUCCACUGGUAACCACUCUUUAUAUACUACAUACAAGGAUUACGAAAUAAUGUUUCAUGUGUCUACAAUGCUGCCAUACACACCAAACAACAAGCAACAGCUGUUGAGAAAGCGUCACAUUGGAAACGAUAUUGUGACAAUAGUGUUUCAAGAGCCUGGAGCCCAGCCGUUCAGUCCCAAGAACAUCCGCUCUCAUUUCCAGCAUGUUUUUGUGGUCGUAAGAGCGUACAACCCAUGCACGGACUCUGUCUGUUACAGCGUUGCUGUUACACGGUCAAGAGAUGUACCUGCCUUUGGCCCACCAAUCCCCAAAAGCUUUACUUUUCCGAAAUCCAGUGUGUUCAGGGACUUCCUUUUAGCUAAAAUCAUAAAUGCAGAGAAUGCAGCUCACAAGUCUGAAAAGUUCUUAGCAAUGGCAACGAGGACCCACCAAGAGUACCUAAAAGACCUUGCAGAAAAAAAUGUCACCAACACCUCCAUUGACUCAUCUGGAAAGUUCCCCUUCAUCUCUCUGGCCUCAAAGAAAAAGGAAAAGGCAAAGCCAUACUCAUGGGCUGAGCUGUACAGCACAGGAGCAAUUGUUUGGGGUGUACAAGUUGAAGACUUUAGUAAUGCCCUGGAGGUUGAUUGUCUUUUGUGCAUUUCAAAUGAAAUACUGGCCCUAAUUGAUCAAGAAACAAAAAGUGUUAUCUUCAACUGUUCAAGCCGUGAUGUUAUAGGAUGGACGUCCAGCAACACAACUAUUAAAAUGUUCUAUGAACGAGGGGAUAGUGUGUUCAUAAGAAGUUAUAGCCAAAACACAGAUGAUAUAAAGGAGGUUGUCAAGAGACUAGAAAUAAUAACUAAAGGUUGUGAGACGGUGGAAAUGACACUGAGAAGGAAUGGACUUGGACAGCUUGGCUUCCAUGUAAAUUAUGAAGGAAUAGUCGCAGAGGUAGAGCCCUACGGAUAUGCUUGGCAGGCUGGUUUAAGACAAGGAAGCCGUCUGGUUGAAAUCUGCAAGGUUGCUGUUGCUACACUGAGCCACGAACAGAUGAUUGACCUUCUUAGAACAUCAGUGACAGUUAAAGUUGUCAUCAUCCCACCACAUGAUGAUGGAAUCCCACGCAGAGGUUGCACAGAGACGUACCGCAUGCCAACAGUGGAAUACAAAGUAACAGAGGGGAUCCCAUAUGAGUUAAAAUUCCCUUUCAGGAACAACAACAAGUGGCAAAGAAAUGCAGCCAAGGGGGAGGCUGCUGGGCUGCGACAAGUUCCUUCUCAGCUGCAGAGCCCUGUAUCAUCAAGGGUCUCCUCUAUUAAAGGCGAUUCGAAAAUACAGACACCCGAACGCUCUGCAAACAUUCCACGGAGUAUUUCCAGUGAUGGACGUCCUCUGGAGAACAAAAGGCUGUCUCCCAGUUCAGAGAUUUAUGUCUCUGUGUCAUCUGUGGCUCUUGGACGAUCUCAGCAAAGUCGUAGCUCUCCCAGCAGUCUUUCCACCUCCAGUGAUACCGGCUCCAGUGGAGGCUCCCAGCGCAGGCAGAAAUCCAUGCCAGAAGGGUUUGGAGUUGGUCGUAGAUCACCAGCUUCCAUCGACAGGCAAAACACCCAGACCGAUUUGUUGGGUGGUGGAAAGUCGACUCCGAACUGGCAGAGGAGUGAGGACAAUGUUGUUGAUCAAAUAGAGCCAACAUGUCACCUGCCUGCAGUGUCUAAGGUACAUCCAUCAUACAGAGACAGCCCGACAGGAAGACUGAUCCGUCAAGAUCCUGUUCUACAUCUUUCGCCUCACAAACAGGGACAGACCGACAGCCAUUACUCCAGUCACUCCAGCACCAAUACUCUUUCUAGCAAUGCGUCCAGCGCUCAUAGUGAAGAAAAGUGGUAUGACAGUGGUGAGCGGCUUGACUCGGACAGCUACGGCUACAUACAAGGGACUUCCGCUGAUAGUGGCAUUGACACCACCUCGUAUAGCAACAAUCAUGUCAACUCUAAUCUUCCUGGGGCUUCUGCCACCUCCCCGCGUUCUGGUCAUCCCAAGGAAAAAGUGGCGCCUCUGUGGCACAGCGUCAGUGAUGUGGGAUUGAUCUCUGAUAGGACUUGUGACAAAGACUCUCAAGCUGUGGAUGGAAUAAGAGAAUCUCCUGUCACUAUGGAGAAUCACACUAAAGUCCCAAUAGGCACCAAGCCUUUAACCAGAGAAAACAGCGCCUACAGCCUCAGUGAUGCUGCAUCUCAUACCAGCACCAUGAGCUCUCGGCACUCGGCAAGUCCCGUUGUUUUCACUAGUGCCAGAAGUUCACCUAAGGAAGAGUCUCACUCUGCCACUUCCCCACAGCUCGCACCUUCUUUCUCCUCUUCCUCCACCUCCCCUUCUGGUCCUAGGACUUUCUACCCUCGCCAGGGGGCUACCAGCAAGUACCUGAUUGGAUGGAAAAAACCUGAAGGGACUAUAAACUCUGUGGGCUUUAUGGAUUCAAGAAAACGACACCAGAUUGAUUGUGUGGAGAUGCCACCCACCAGGCUGCGUGCAUCAAUCAGAGACCUGCAGGCAUCCCCGAAGAGGGUGUCUACAGUUCAAGAGGACCUUAAGAAGCUAAUUGACUUGGAGAAUUCACCUACAGGAUCAGAAAAGUCAUUCAAGUCAUCUUUUCCUACAACUCCAACUACCAAGCGGUCUUUGCACAGAACACUUUCUGAUGAGAGCAUUUACAGCAGCCAGCGAGAGAUGGUAUUCAUCAAUGCACGCACAUCACUCCUGGACCAGGCGCUGCCCAAUGAUGUCCUCUUCAGUAGCACCUACCCAUCUCUGAAUAAGUCUCUGCAAAUGCGCAGACCAUCAUAUACUCUUGGUGAAUUUUCUGCCUCUGAUACCUCCCUCACAGACAUUCAUGAUCAAAGAAGGCAGCCUAUGUCUGACCCUGGACUAAUGCCCUUGCCAGCUGUUGCAUCUGACCUAGAGUGGUCAAACUUGGUGGAUGCUGCCAAAGCCUUUGAAGAUCAGAGAGCUUCCUUCUUUUCAUCUACAGAAGAUGAAGACCGACCAGGAAGUUCGGCUUCAGUUGUUGAUCAGUUGGAAGGUCAGGCGAGUUCUCAGUCCAGCCCUUACUAUGGAAAAGAGUCUCCUACUUCGCUAACCACAAAGGUUGAACAGCUGGAAAGCAUGCUGAAAAUGCUGCAGUAUGACCUACAAAAGGAGAAAGAAGACAAAGCAAAUCUCCAAGCAGAAGUGCAACUCCUGCGAGAAGACAACCUGCGAUUACAGGAGGAAUCACAGAAUGCCUCUGCCAAGCUGAAGAAGUUCACAGAAUGGGUGUUUAACACUAUAGAUAUGAGCUAAGGGACAGCAUAGACUGCAGAACAAUAGACCCCUGGUCUCCAGUUGUACGCCAUUCGACUUUAGCUUUAACUGCACCUGGAUCCAAAUGUACAGAUGACUAAAAGUCACAAUUCUCCUCAUUGUUUCCCUCUUUUUAACUGCCUGCACGGUUUCAGCAAAGUAUCUCUAAAAUCCACUGCCUAAAUCUCGGCAAUAACAAGAAACCUUAGUAGUCACUUCUGAAAUGUGAAUAUUUCUAUUGAAAAUAUUGUAUAGUUUAAAAUGAAAAUGUUUGCCAAACGUGGUCACUAUUUGGGCAGUGAUCCCUAGUGCCAUAGUAUUGACUUCACUGUAGAUUGUAAAAGUUCUAUCACAUGGAAUUAUUUUCAGAUGCAAAAUUAGGCAAGAAAACCAACGUAAAGCCAUCAAAUUACUGUACAGUACAGCUUCUACCAUGUGCUGUGUUUAUCAAACAAGAAGUGGAGUUUUCUUUGCUUGUCUGUGUGU